AUGGGCACUCGCCGCACUUCCCAGGACCCUAUCCUCCUGGUUGUCGAUUUCCACCAUGCGAGAGGUCCCGAGAUAGAACUAUCUUUCUGCGAAGAUGGCACCGACCCCGUGGGCCAGAACGACUGGUCCCUGCUACCAUUCAUGGCCCUGACCGACGGCGCCCACGCAUCCACGGAAGACUUCUCCUACUUCACGCUUCGAUGCAACGCGACGACGACCGGCGCGGCGGCGACCUCGCUGUUUGGGAUCUCGUGCACGCGCCAGCUGGCCUCGAGCUCGCUGGUCAACCGGCCACCGGAGGUGACGCGGUCCACCGUGCAGAAGGCCGUGGUGGUGAUCAUCAACGAGCCGAAGCAUUUUGGCCAGCUGCGCGAGAAAUUGUCGAUUGUGACUUCGGCUUGGUUUGCGCAGAGGGACUUCUCGGACACCGAUAUCUUGAAGAAAUUUUGGGAGAGCCUUAAGGAUUGUCUAAAUGGCGAAGCGGGCCAAAAUGACCAUGAUCUUGGGCUAUCAUUACGAGAAAUGAUUCACGAAUUUAAGCAUCAAACCUUAGUUCUGUUUAAAUGUCUCUUGUUACAGCCAAAGAUGCUGUUUUUUGGAUCUCGGUGUGAGCGAUUAUGCAUGAUACAGUUUUCCCUUAUUUCGUUGAUACCCGGCCUCCUGGAUCAUCUUGACGACUGCGCCGAUCCGGCAUUUGAUACUUACUCGCAAACCGUGGAGAAGCCGACAUCUCUAAGAACUAGCGAAAGAAGUUCAUUGCUUGCUUAUAUGGGUUUGCCGCUCCAGAUUUUUGGGAAGGGAAGCAUGUUUGGGCCAUACACUCCUCUACAACAACUUGACCUCCUCGCUGAUCACGGCACAAAAUCAUAUCUUGUUGGAUCUACCAACUCAUUACUUCUUCAACAGAAGGAUCGAUAUAGCGAUAUUUUGAUUAAUCUUGACGAAGAUAACAUUACAAUUUCUUCUCCUUCUUUACGAUUGGCAUUAGCUCUAACAGCUGCUGAUCGACGAUGGAUCGAUUUUCUUACGCAGAUAAUCAAUGAGACGUGGGAUGAAGCUCACCCAGAUCGCCCCAAGACACAUGGAUACCUAGGAUCUGAAGAGUUCAUACGCCUUCAAUUUGAAGAAUACCUUCUAGCUUUGCUAUCGUCCAUGAAGUACCACGAACAAUCCGCCAACCAGGCCCCUUCAACACCAUCAAGCACUACGCCAAAAUCACCAGCAUUUCAGCCACAGCCAUUAGAUAUCGACGGAGAUCCAGCAGUGGACUUCAAUCUUGACUUUUUACAGCAUUGGCAAACAACCUCCAACUACUCAUUAUUCAGUCGAUUGACGUCAGAUUCGUUACUAUUCUCUAUUGUCGAACCCCGUCACCCAUGUGCUGGUGGAUUGGGGUUUGAUGAUAUCCAACGCCGACUCGCUCAACAAGUAUCUGAGCUACAUCUCGAUGAACGUGUCCGAGAAGGUCGAGAAGCACUGAAUAGACACCUUGUCACGGGGCAAAAAAGAGUAACGGCUGCAUUCAAUACCUUUUGGUCCGACAUCGAAUCGAUGCGCGAAGCCCAACGCAAAAAGGCAGACGAGAAAACCCCGCAGCAGACAACGGCGACAACGACGGAAGGCAACAAGGCAGCGGACAAUGAUCCUUCUCCGCGACCUUCAUUCUCCUCCGUCCGAUCACCCACGAUUGGCUCGUGGGGCUUUGCACCUCGAAAGCCAACUGCUGCCGAUUUUUCUCAAGCCCAGGCCAGUGUAGCUGCUGCUGGCCAACGGGCGUCUGCUUACUUCAGUUCGUGGGGCUCCUGGGCCACGGAACGGAGAAAAGAAUGGCAGGAGAAGAGAUCAGACCCCAAUAGCAGACCUGGCAGUGUUCUCUCAUCUCCAACCCAAACGCCCAGAGGGUCAACUACUCUACCCAACGGGAGUUUUAUCUGGCAAGCCGACGACGUUAUCAAGGAACGGCGGAGCAAUGAUGACAAACAUCGGGAUGCUCCUACUUCCCUCCCUAAAGAACUUGAAGAAGAUGCAGAGGUGCCGAAGCUAGAGUUAAAAACUAAUAUUCUCGAGCGACAAGACCCUCCCGUAACCUCUCAGAGUGCGGCAGCAUCUUCCGAAACAGCUAGCUCUACCACCGCGGACCCUAAAUCGGUCCCAGAACUGCCACCUGAUGCCCCAAAUAAGUCACUGGCCCCCGAUAUGUCCUCUAAAACUUCGAGCUCCGACCCUCAGCCACCCAAGAAACCACGAGUUCCUCAAGAUUCGGAGAAAAAGGCAAAUAUUUCCCCAUCUACUCUCGAUGAAGAUAAAUCCCGUGCCGCAAUUCCUGAAGCCAGUCCUGCAGCAAUCUCAAAGCAGAAUAAAGUAGAGGCUGGAGAAUCGAAAGAUUAA